AUGGCAACUUUCGCGCGCCCGGUCGCCUCGACCAUUAAUGGGGUCGACUUCAAUGUCUACUCCGAGCAAGAGAUUAAAGCUCUCUCGGUGAAAAGAAUUCACAAUACCCCGACUUUGGAUUCGUUUAAUAACCCUGUCCCUGGUGGUCUUCAGGACCCUGCUAUGGGCGCAUGGGGAGACCAUGUAUGUACCACAUGUCGUCAGAACGCUUUUACCUGUACCGGACAUCCCGGACACAUUGAGCUUCCAGUCCCGCUCUAUAAUGUUACCUUCUUCGAUCAUAUCUACCGCCUUCUCCGAGCACAAUGUGUGUACUGUCUUCGCCUGCAGAUGGGCCGCAGCCAGGUCAACAUGUACACCUGCAAAUUGCGCCUUCUGCAAUACGGAUUGAUCGACGAGGUGUCUGUUGUUGAUUCUAUGGGAUCCACUAAGGGUGCCAAAAAGGCAUCAAAGAGCAAGGAGGAGGAUUCUGACGACGAAGAAGACGAUGAUGUGGACUACAUGCGCAAGAGAACAGAGUAUGUUAGUCGGCGCAUCCGGGAAGCCAAGGCAGAGGGCAAGCUGGAUGGCUUGAUGGCCGGUGGACAGAACCCCAUUGCCGCGGAGGCCAGAAGAGAGUUGAUCAAGACUUUCCUGAAGGAUAUCAACUCCUUUAACAAGUGUGCCAACUGCAGCGGAAUUUCGCCCUCGUACCGAAAGGACCGCUACAACAAAAUCUUCCGAAAGCAACUACCCGAGAAGGCAAAGCUUGCAAUGAUGACUGGAGGAUUCCAGGCACCAAACACCAUGGUUCUUCUCGACCAAGAAAGGAAAAGCGAAGCCAAGCAAAACGGUACUCGGACAAACGGUGCUGAGGCCCAUGGAGCCGAGGAAGAAAUCCUUCGUGGUGCGGCUGUCAUGCAAGCGACACAGAGCACCACAGGCCAGGAAUUCAUGUCUUCCUCCGAAGUUUACGGAGCUCUUCGUCUUCUUUUCACAAAGGACAGCGAUGUCUUGCAGCUGGUUUACAACUCUCGGCCUGUGCCCAAGGGAGUCAAGGUUGUGUCGGCAGACAUGUUCUUCAUUAAAAACCUGAUGGUACCGCCAAACAAGUACCGUCCCGCAGUUCAGCAGGGUGCUGGAACUGUCAUGGAAGCCCAGCAGAACACCUCUUUCAAUGCAAUCUUGAAGGGGUGUGAUACUAUCAACCAGAUCAGCAAAGAGAUCCAGAAUGAAGAAGAGAAGACUAUGUCUCGGGCACGGAACUACAGUGAUCUCCUCCAGGCUAUUGUUCAGCUCCAAGAUCAGGUCAACGGUCUGAUUGACCGCGAUCGUACCGCAGCAACUGGCGCAGCUGCCAUGGCACAGCCUAAUGGUAUCAAGCAGAUUUUGGAGAAGAAGGAAGGUCUCUUCCGAAAGAACAUGAUGGGUAAGCGUGUCAACUUUGCUGCUCGAAGUGUCAUCUCGCCCGAUCCCAACAUCGAACCCAAUGAGAUUGGUGUGCCUCUUGUCUUCGCCAAGAAGUUGACUUUCCCCGAGCCCGUGACAAAUCACAACUUCUGGGAAUUGAAGGAGGCUGUCAUCAACGGCCCUGACAAGUACCCCGGUGCUUCAUCCAUUGAGAACGAGAAUGGACAGGUAAUCAACCUCAAAUUCAAGAACCUCGAGGAGCGGACAGCACUUGCCAAUCAGCUGCUCGCCCCAUCAAACUGGCGGAUGAAGGGCUCGCGCAACAAGAAGGUCUACCGUCACCUCACCACCGGUGACUACGUCUUGAUGAACCGUCAGCCCACCCUGCACAAGCCCUCUAUCAUGGGUCACAAGGCCCGUGUCCUUCCCAACGAGCGUGUCAUUCGCAUGCACUACGCCAACUGUAACACCUACAACGCUGAUUUCGAUGGUGACGAAAUGAACAUGCAUUUCCCUCAGAACGAGCUUGCUCAAGCGGAAGCCAGGAUGCUGGCGGAUGCUGAUCACCAGUAUCUUGUUGCCACCUCAGGCAAACCGCUGAGAGGUUUAAUUCAGGAUCAUAUUUCCAUGGGAACAUGGCUCACUUGUCGUGACAGCUUCUACGACGAGGAGGAUUACCACCAGCUGCUGUACAGCUGUUUGAGACCAGAGCACUCGCACAUUGUCACCGACCGUAUUCAACUGGUCGAGCCUGCUUUCCGGAAACCCAAGUGCAUGUGGACCGGAAAACAGAUCAUCACCACAAUCCUCAAGAAUAUCCAGCCCCCUGGGCGAGGAGGUCUGACCUUGAAGAGCAAGUCUUCGACUCCCAGUAACCGUUGGGGUACAAACAACGAGGAAGGAGAUGUUCUCUUCCAGGACGGCGAAUUCUUGUGCGGUAUUCUUGAUAAGAAACAGCUUGGUCCGACUGCUGGCGGUCUCAUCGAUGCUAUCCAUGAGGUCUACGGACACAGCAUUGCUGGAAAGCUAAUCGGUGUUCUUGGAAGACUGCUCACUCGCGUUCUGAACAUGCGUGGCUUUACCUGUGGUAUUGACGAUCUUCGCUUGACCAAGGAAGGUGACCGUAUCCGCAAGGAGAAAUUGAGCACUGCCGCAGACAUGGGUCGCGAGAUUGCUCUCAAGUAUGUCACACUCGACCAGGCCCCUGGAGAUCAGACUGCCGAGUUGAAUCGACGACUGGAGGAGGUCCUUCGUGAUGAUGAUAAGCAAAGUGGUUUGGAUAGCGUUUCCAACGCCCGCAGUGCACAGCUUUCCUCCGAAAUCACCAAAUCUUGUCUCCCUGAAGGUCUUGCGAAGCCUUUCCCUUGGAACCAGAUGCAGUCUAUGACAAUCUCUGGAGCGAAGGGAUCCGGUGUCAACGCCAACCUGAUUUCCUGUAACCUGGGCCAACAGGUUUUGGAAGGUCGCCGUGUACCACUCAUGAUUAGUGGAAAAACCCUUCCAUCUUUCAAGGCUUUUGAAACACACCCCAUGGCUGGUGGUUACGUCUCUGGUCGUUUCUUGACUGGUAUCAAGCCCCAGGAGUACUACUUCCACGCCAUGGCUGGUCGUGAGGGUCUGAUUGAUACUGCCGUCAAGACUUCCAGAUCUGGUUACUUGCAGCGUUGUUUGAUUAAGGGCAUGGAAGGCUUGAAGGCUGAGUACGACUCCUCUGUUCGCGAAACGUCCGAUGGUUCCAUUGUUCAGUUCUUGUACGGAGAGGAUGGUCUCGACAUCACCAAGCAGGUGCAUCUCAACGAUUUCGACUUCCUCGCCCAGAACCACGUCUCCAUUUCUAAGCAAGUCUCAGCCGACGAUUUCCAUUCUUUGGCUAAGGAGAACGUGACUACCUGGCAGAAGGAUGCCAUGAAGGCGGUCCGCAAAACCGGAAAGGUUGAUGCUAUGGACCCCGUCUUGUCUCACUUCCCCCCUGGAGGAAACUUGGGCAGUACGUCUGAAGCAUUCUCCCAGGAACUCAAGAAGUACACGGAUGCCAACAAGAACCAGCUCAUCAAGGACAAGAAGAAGAACAUUGAGGGCAAGGUCACGAAGAAGACCUUCGAAGCCUUGAUGAAUAUGAAGUACAUGAAGUCUGUCAUUGACCCUGGUGAAGCUGUCGGUAUUAUGGCCGGUCAGUCUGUUGGCGAGCCAUCUACUCAGAUGACACUGAACACCUUCCAUUUGGCUGGUCACUCGGCAAAGAACGUGACGCUGGGUAUUCCCCGUCUUCGUGAAAUUGUUAUGACCGCAAGUGCUAAUAUUAUGACGCCCACGAUGACCCUGCUCUUGAACGAGGAAAUCUCUAAGGAGGAUUCCGAGAGAUUCGCCAAGGCCAUCAGCAAGCUCAGCAUCGCUGAGAUUGUUGACAAGGUGCAAGUCAAGGAGCGCAUUGGCUCCGGUAUUGGCCAUACUAAGGCUAAGAUUUACGACAUUGACAUCACUUUCUUCCCGUCUGAGGAAUACACCGAGGAAUACGCCAUCCAGACCAAGGAUGUCCAGAUGGCUCUUUUGAACAAGUUCAUUCCUCGCCUGGUCAGACUCACCAAGAUGGAGCUCAAGAAGCGUAACGAGGAGAAGAAGGGUACCAAAUCUUCGACUGCUCAGCCAGAUAUUGGUGUCUCUGUCGGCAGAAUCGCCGAGGCACCAAGAGGAAGCGACGCCGAGGCCCAGCCAGCGGAUGAUGACGACGAAGAUGAUGAGGAUGAUGCCAAGCGGGCCUCCGGUGCUCAGAACAGGAGUAACCAGGUCUCAUACGAAGCCCCUGACGAUGGCGAGAGGGAUAUCAUGAGACGCCAGGAUAGCCCAGACGAGGAGGAGGACGACGAAGUUGAGACUAGCAAGCCCGCCAAGGCCACUCGCGACGUUGAGAUGAAAGAUGGUUCCUCAUCUGAUGAUGACUCCGACUCUGACUCCGACUCUGAAACUGAAGAGAACAAGGCCCACGAGGACGACAUCAUUGGCAAGUUCGAGGAGAUCACGAAGUUCAAGUUCGACCCUAAGAAGGGCAAUACCUGCACUAUCCAAUUGCAGUACGAUAUCGAGACCCCCAAGCUUCUACUCCUUCCCCUGGUUGAGAAGGUUCUCCACCUUGCCGUCAUUCAAUCCAUUCCCGGCAUGGGCAACUGUGUCUUUGUUGAAGCCGAUGUGAACAGCGGUGAACCUGCCAACGUCCUCACUGAGGGUGUCAACUUGCUCGCCAUGCGCGACUACCAGGACAUUAUCAAGCCCCACUCGAUGUACACCAACUCCAUCCACGACAUGCUCCACCUGUACGGUGUCGAGGCUGCUCGUGCCACCAUCGUCCGCGAAAUGGACGCCGUUUUCAAGGGUCACAGUAUCUCCGUCGACAACCGUCACUUGAACUUGAUUGGUGAUGUGAUGACGCAGUCUGGUGGCUUCAAGGCCUUCAGCCGUAACGGUUUGGUCAAGGAUGCCUCGUCUCCUUUCAUGCGCGCCAGUUUCGAGACCACUGUUGGUGCCUUGAAGGACGUUGUGCUCGAGAGAGGUGUCGAUAACCUCAAGAGCCCUAGUAGCAGAAUUGUUGUUGGUCGUGUCGGUACCGUUGGUACUGGUUCCUUCGAUAUUCUCGCUCCUGUAGCAUAG